UAAUAGUUUCUGGAAUGCUUUAGUAGCAGAAUUGCCCAGUCUACUAUUACGAAGAGCUUCAUCCAAUACUUCUGAAAAGCCUAAAGAUCAUGGUUUAGCUUUACUAGCAUAUUUAGAAAUGUACUGUAAAGCAGCAUAG